AUGGAAGAAGAAGAUUUUGAUCAGUUUUAUGGGUUGGAUCAAUUAUUGAUGGAAGAAGUGGGAUUACAACAUCAAGAUAACAACACAGAUGCACAAAAUGUGGCACAAGUCAGUAGUAGAAAGCAGCUUACACUGAAUGGGAAAAGAAGUACUGUUGAUGACAUUUUAUCAACACUACAAGAUGAUAAUUUUACCAAGAGGCUGAAAAAAAGAGGGAAACUCAGAGUGCACACUAGCACCAACCAUCCAGCUUUAAGUGAUAACCAUAAGGUGGAAAGGCUGCAAUGGGUAUUAAGCCAUCUGACCCCUGCUACACCAACUCAAAAUGCAACAUUUGAGGACAUGCAUCAUGUCAUCCACAUUGAUGAAAAGUGGUUUUAUUUGAGCCCGGAAACAAGGAAGUUCUACUUGUUACCAAAAGAAGAAGACCUACACAGACUUCAACAAUCCAAAAGGUUUAAGAUUAAGGUCAUGUUUAUGGCAGUCAUUAGACACCCAAUUCGUGGCAGAAAUGGUGUUGUCAUUCAUGAUGGAAAAUAUGGGAUUUUCCCAUUUGUGGUCAAGGAACCAGCUAAGAAAUCAAGCAAGAAUAGGCAAGCAGGGAAUCUUGUCAUAAAAGCAAUUCAAAAUGUGAAUAAAGAUGCAAUCAGGGAAAUGCUCUUCAACAAAGUCAUACCAGCCAUCAUUUCAAAGUGGCCCUCAUGCAUGGAUAAAAAUAUAUGCAUACAAUGGGACAAUGCAAGGCCACACAAAAUCCCCCAAGAUGAGGAGUUUCUGGCAGCAACAACACAACAAGGGUUCAACAUCACAAUGAAGUACCAACCCCCUCAAUCCCCUGAUCUUAAUGUUUUAGAUUUGGGUCUUUUCAACACAAUCCAAUCAAUUCAAUAUGAACAUUUUCCAAACAAUGUGGAUGAGUUAACUGAGAAAGUUGAAGAGGCAUUUACUACAUUUGAUGCUAAUGCAAACAAAUACAUUUGGCUAUCAUUGCAAAGUUGUAUGACUGAAAUUCUGAAGAAAGAUGGUGGGAAUAAUUACAUAUUGCAACAUAUGAAGAAAAGAUUAUUGGACAGACAAGGGAUUCUUCCAGAGAGGUUGGAAGUACCAUAUGAAUUGGUUCAAUCUGCUGUGAAGUACCUGAAUGAUAGGUUCAGGCCUUCACAGUACAUCAACAAGAACCAGUUAAUGAACAUGAAAUGGAAGUUGAUGCAGAUUAGGUGCAAGACAGUGUGUUAUGGGGCAAAGUAA